AUGUCGGAUUCAGGCCUCGCCGCUGCGGGGAGCAGCACAUACUCGUCAAAUACCCUGCAUGUUGGAGAUGGCACCUGGGAUUCGGGACGAGAUACCUUCUUGUUACCCAAUUUGAUGGGCGUCAACUUUGAGACGAUGCGAUACAAUGGUAUGGGAAAUCGUUUCAAGGAUAUGGCUGGGUACCAUUCCAUUAUCAUCGCACACGGCGUCAUUGCAACGAUUGUUUUCUUGGGCAUCGUGCCCAUGUCAACCCUAAUAAUCCGAUACUACUCCCGAUGGAAUCCAUACUGGGCAUUUAAGCUGCAUGCUUGGGGUCAGACGCUGACGUUGCUCCUAAGUACUGUCGUGUUUGUGCUUGGAUGGUUUGCCGUUGGACCAGAAAGAAGCCUAACCAACCCUCACCAUGGAAUUGGCCUGGCGAUUUACGUCUUGGUCAUUUUCCAGGUACUUUGGGGCUGGUUUGUGCACAAGGUCGAGAGCAAGAGACAACGAGUUCACGUGCCGUUGAAGCUAGUGUUCCACCGAUGGAUGGGCCGUGCCCUUGUUAUUUUGGGAAUUGUUCAGAUCCCACUAGGGCUUACACUUUAUGGCUCACCCAAGGUGCUUUUCAUCUUGUUUGCUGUCGCAGCCUUCGCCUACUUGGUUGCCUACUUCAUCCUCUCCUAUCGAUAUGACACAACAGGAUAUCAUAUGGGAAGUGAACAUGGCGGUGGUCACAGUCAUUACACCGGACCAUCAGAAGUCUCGGAGCACCAUGGUGGCGGUCACAUGGGUGAAGCACUCGCUGGCGGUGCUAUGGCCGCUGGUCUAGCUUCAAUGUUCCGACGACGUCCUCGCAGUCGCCACACCAGUCAGGUCUAUGAAGAAUCCCGCACCUCGGUUUCGGAUGAGAAGUAUUCAGAUGAGUCUUCAAAACAUGGGGGUGGGGGUGGUUUCGGUAAGAAACUGCUCGAAAUUGGUGCUUUGGCCGGGGCCGGUCUUAUGGCCAAGAAGUGGUGGGAUCGUCGAAAGAAGCGUGAGGAUGAUGCCGAGUCAGGUCGGUAUAGACCGGCUCCCCACUCUCGCACUAAUAGCUACACGGACGAGUCCCUCAGCAGAAUGGAAGAUGGCCGACCAGAGCCAACCCAUCGAACACCACUUAACCGACCACCAAGCCGUCCCCCGAGCAGAUCGCAAAGCCCAGGCUCGUCUUAUUACGAUAGUACAUACUUCACCGAGCCCCCUAAACGAAAGUCAUCAGGCAUCAAAGACGCGAUUUUGGGCGCCGGUGCUUUUGCUACUGUGAAGAGACUGUUCAGUCGUGGCAACAAAGACGAGGAAGAAAAACAACGUUUGGAGGAUAUGCGCCGUCAAGAUGACAUUGAUGAAUCGCUACAGAGAGCAAACAGCAAGCGACGGCCCCAGGGAGAAGGAGGCUUCUACCCAAAGAGAAGGACCAGCGCGUACUCCGAAAGCGAUCUCACUGAAACGGACCUAGCCCGCCCACCUCGACAUGCCUCACAUGGAGAAUCUCUUCUCACGGCCGAGCCCAUGGCCUCCGGUGCUGUUCAAAGUAGCAUUAUUUCAGACAUGCCACCCCCGAUGCCGCCAGUUCAUCAAUCAUUAUCCGGUGACCUGCGGCCUGAACGGCCUUCCUCUCGUCAUUCCCGUCUUUCUCUUGAUGCAACAGAGCUAGCUGCACCUGUUGCCGCUGGAGCAGCACUCGGCGCAGCCUCUCGCCACAGCCGAAGCCACAGCCGACACCGCGAUGACCAUGUCGAGUCACCGCCAGUGUCUGUCAAAGUCAAGAUGCACAAUGACGGACGCCAUGUGACACUCCGCCGACUGACCGAAGAAGAAGCGGCGGCAAGCCGCGAAGCCCGCCGCAGAGAACGCCGUAAUUCCCGCCGCCGCAACAGCAGCGUAGGCUCCCUAUCCGGUCGCGAAGACGACCAAGAUCGCUGGCGCCGCGUCGAAGAAAUGGAACGCCGACAAGACGCACAAGUCAGACGUCAACAAGCCGCUGCAAGUGCCACUCCUACCCCCUAG